AGAACAAAAUCAUGUUAGACCUGACAAACAAAGAAUCUGAGUCGUCAGACAACGGAAAUAGCAAGUACGAAGAUUCCAUAGACGGACGAGAAGUUGGCACAAGCAAACCAUUUAAAGAAGAACGAUCGUUGGAAGACUUGCAGGCGGACUUGGCUGAUAUGGCAGUUUGGAUGGAAGGACUAGAUGCCACUAAACUACCUCUGAACGAUCCACAACUUCUCUGCAAUGGUCGUGCAUUUUCAGAAGUACUCCAUAACGUAGACAAAAAUUUCUUCACCGACGGCUGGCUUGAAACAAUGCCCGAGAACAGGACCACAAAUAUUAUGGUGUUCCGAAGUUGUACUAGAAAACUCUGGCGAAAAAUGUUUGAUUACGUGAAUCACAUCAAUCGGACGGUCGUCAGUUCCCGUUGGACGGAUAUUCAUGAACGUAUCGAUGGAAUCUACGAAUCAGAUUUACCCGCUAUGGUUAAUCUGGGAAUGGCAGUUGUUACGCUUGCUCACAUAGGAAAGAAUGCAAAGAGAUUUGUGGAUUAUUCUAAAGCUCUUACUUCGACACACAAAUCAAUGAUGUCAAAUGUGGCUAAGAUGGUCACCACUGUGAUAGAUGAAAUGCCAGAAAAUCCGUGCUUUCAUGAAAUAUCGGAGCUUCACGGAUCGCAGAGCGAACUCAAUUCACUGUCAGAAUCGUCUGGAAAAUUGAAUGGAAAUGGUUCUAGUGAGCGGAGGAGUAAUGCUGAUCAAAUUCUCGUUGACGCAGAGCUGGAAAUUGAACGUUUACGGACUGAAACAGAGAAUCAGAGGAAAGAAAUUGAACGGCUGACUAAAUCCUUUGAAACUGCACAACACGAUAUGUCAUCAAAUUCUGAAUCAGGUGAUAUCAGCAUCUUGGAGAAGCAAAAUGAGGAACUCCGGCAGAAACGUCGAGAGUUGGAAGAAAAGAAUCUCGAGUUGGAUGCUGCUGUGGAUCAGUUUAAAGGGAUCGUUUUUGAACUUACCAACGAGAAUGAUGUGCUUCGUAGAUCGGACAAAGAGAGACAGAGACUACAAACAGUGCUGGAUGCUGCUCAAUCCGAUUUAGAUGAAUGGAAAACUGUAGCCAAUCAAUAUCAAAAAGAAGCGGAACUCUCCAAGCAACAAGAUAAGGAAAUCAAGGAGUUGCUUUCCCAAAACAAAGCAUUGAAAUCGCGGCUCGAUCAUCAUGUCAAAAGUGCAACGUUGGAAGAUGCUAACAAAAAUGGGAUUGCUCAGUUGCGGACACAAGUUGGCGGUUUGACUGCUCUUAACACUGAGUUAAAAGCUUCUCUGGAUUCAAAGAAACGAUGUGUUGAGCAGUUAGAGAUCCAAUUGAUUCAGCAUAAGGAGAAAGUCAAAGAGUUGGAAGAUCGAAAAGACGAAUUGAUUGAAGAGCGGAACCGGCUGGAAAACCAACUUAUUUUCAAAGAAGCUGUCACUCCACGAUCGCUUCAUGAGUCUAUGUUUGAAGCAGGAAAUCUGUCGUUUGAACCUUUCAGUGAGAAGAACACGUUGCCAUUGGAAAUUGAGAACAAACGACUAACGGAGCGUAUUCAAGAGCUGGAAUCGUUGGAGCCGCUGAAAGGGGAGCUUAUCACGCUGAAAAGUAAAAAUGGCGUUUUGGAAGAGGAGAAACUAUUCGCCACCAAGCAAAUUGAAGAGCUCCAGCAGCAGAUUGAAGAUCUUCAAGAGAAUCUUCUCAAGAACCAGGAACACGCUAGCGGCGACGUUGUUGGUUUAAAAAUUCAGCUGGAGAAAGCAGAAGUUGAAGCUCAACAGAUGAGAGAAGCUAAAAUGCGUGCGGAGACUAACCAGGCUCAAGUUGAUGAGAUACUCAAAAAACGAACUGCUGAAUUGGAGGUCAACGCGACUGCUCUGCAAAAAGCUAAAGCAGUGAUUGAUGAACUGGAAUACAAUUCUCGUCCAGUGAGUGAAGACAGUAUGACUUCUGUUCAAGCUUUCAAAGAAAUGAAAGAAGAAAAUGAGAAGCUUCGCCAGAAAGUUGAAAAAUUGGAGAUUGAGCUCAAUACAGUAACCCAAGGAUUCGAACAAGAGAAUCGGCUUUUAACGAGUGCCUCGCAUCAACAGGUUUUGAAUCGAUCUAUCGACGAAGUGAUGAGCAUGAGAGCACACGCUGGAUCCGAAGAGCCGCAGACUCUGUUGGAUACACAGAAAAUGAGUGGAGCACUUCCAUGGAGAUCACUUGCUUCCGAGACCCGUCGAGAAUUGCCGACGGCGAUGGCUAGCAUUCUCGUCCUUGGAUUCCUCGUCUUCAUCGCCUGGAUGUUCAUAAACAUAAACAGCGCACUGAAUGCUCCUCCAAAUGCCUAAUCAUCUCUACAUCCCUUUGUUCUUCUGUAUUUUCUGUCAACAUCCACCAUCAUCAUGUGUAUAGUGUGCUUUACCCUCAUUUGUCCUUUUUUCUCUCUUUCGUGUACAGUAAUGUGCUCCCCACUUUUCUGUUUUCUUUUCGGGUAUACGGCACGGGAUCCGCAAAUUUUCUUUCUUCUACCAUUUGACAGUUCCCCCAUUUAAUUCCUUAUUUAUUUAUUGUAACCUGCUUUCAGACUGAUAUCUAUGACAGGAAAGCGGUGAGCUCCAGGCUGUGAUACCCAAUCCUUGCUCCUCCAAAAAGUUCAAUUCUAUGUCAUUCUAGUUUCUAAUCAUUCAGUUUAAUUGAUUAAUUUUGAGAAUCUCGCGUUGUUUUCGAACACCGAGAAGUGUCUGUAAAUUGUGCAACCCCCGCCUCUCCCGCCCACAAUCUACAGUUUUUGGCGUUUCCUUCCAAAAACUGUACACAUUCUAUUCAUAUAAAUUUCUUCUGUUCUUCUGACUCCUUGAACCCUUUAUGUGUUCACAGAUUUAUUUUAUAUUUUUUGAUGAAGAAGUUUUUAC